AUGUUUGAAUCUGACACAUUGCUCUCUGAUGCCAAGAAGGAAGGAAUGAAAUAUAUCACACAGUCUGUCUACGCCAUUCUGAAGGAGAAGAAGGAGGCCACGUACCAGCAGAUUGUCCAGGAGAUCAACACGACGAACAUGGAGACGAAAGUGAGACGCAUCUACGACGUGUUAAAUGUCCUCAGGGCUGUCAACGUGAUUGGUAAAAAUGGGAAGAUCUAUUUCCUGAUUGAGGAUAAGGAGAAUGUAAAUAAGAAAAUAGAGGAGCGAGACAGACUGCUGCAGAUGAAGGAGGCAUUUGAGUUCAUCACGACCAAGAACAGACACAAUAGGCCACUUGGGGCCGAUGAGAAGCUCUACCUUCCCUUUAUGAUUGUGUCGACUGAGACGUGCUCUGAAAUCCAUUGCGACACGAAUGAAGAACGAGACUACUUCCUGUUCAGGUCGAAUAGGCCACUUAAGAUCCACGAGGACCUCGAUAUCCUGCGCCUCCUGCAGGAGACCAAAAACAGGUCGCAGGACAAAAAGAAGCUCAAGAGCCUCUUUCUGGGAGACUUCAUGUUUUGA